UUCAGCGCAUGUGACAAAUACAACUGUAUUUGACUUUAUAUAUAGUUAUAUAUACGUCAUUACGUCGCACAACGUCACCACGUGAUCUUUCGUCACUGUUUUGGAAUGGCUUCCUGUAUCUUCUCUUUUCACGCGCUCUAAGAACAUGGAUUACUGUUUAACGCUAUUAAACCCUUUUUUUAAGAACUACCAUAGAAGAGGCAAUACACCAAGAGAAAGAUACAGGGCAAUACAGAAACGGAAAAGAGAAACCUUCAAUACGAACUUACAAUGUUCUUAUUCCAGCUACCAGAGGUUGUGCUCUACCACAUUAUGUCAUAUUUGGAAUACAAGUCUUUGAGUCGCCUUUCUCAAGUUUGCAAAACAAUUUACCAUUUUGCAAAUCGUGACGCCGUAUGGAGGAAGAUAGCAAAAGAGUUAAUAAACACUGGAAUUACACGACAAGGAGCAGAUGUGUAUCCCCACAUCCCUCUGAAGGACAGAGUGAAGGUAUCUCAGAACUGGUGCCAUGGGAUCUGCAGAAAGGAAGUCAUGCUCAAAUGGAGGAUUAACUUGUUGCCAUGGAUACAGCUAGACGGGGAUGUGCUGUAUCUGUCUCAGGCUGCAGACAUCGGAGCGUACCAUCUGAGGCCGGACACAGGGAAGCUCCAGCGCAGCCCCAUGGCUCUGUUCUCAGGACACCUGGAAGACGUGUGUCGAUUUGCUGUGACUGACACACACCUCGUUAGUGGAGGAAGUGAUGGUAAGAUCCUGGUGCACCACAGGAGGAAUGGGUUCUCAAUGGAGUACUCAGGUCACAACCAGGAAGUGAAUUGCCUGGACUGCAGAGGAGGACUGAUCGUCAGCGGCUCCAGAGACAGAACAGCCCGGAUUUGGACUUUGUCUUCCAACUGCCCCAGAGACACGAUCCCUAUGAACGACAGGGUGUGGUCUGUGGCUAUUAGUCCCACACAGAGCUCCUUCGUGACUGGCACGGCCUGCUGUGCGAACUUCUCUCCUCUGAGGAUCUGGGAUGUUGAAAGGUGUGAGCUGCUGUGUUGUCUGGGUUCAGAGUUCCGUCGGGGUGCAGGUGUGUUGGAUAUAGUCUAUGAGUCGCCUGUCCAGCUGCUCACCUGUGGCUAUGACACCUACAUCCGCUCCUGGGACCUUCGCCUCAGCCCCAGGAAGUGUGUCAUGGAGUGGGAGGAGCCUCACGACAGUGCCCUCUACUGCAUCCAGACGGAUGGGAAUCACAUGAUUGCCAGUGGCUCCUCUUACUAUGGCGUCAUACGGACGUGGGAUAAGCGGCAAACCCGCUGCUUAGAGAUGUUCCAGCUGUCCUCUGCUGUGAGUAGCCCAGUGUACUGCCUGCGUUUCAACACCUCUCACCUGUACGCUGCCCUCGCCACAGCACUGCACUCUCUUGACUUCAAACAGGGCCCCCGGCCUCGCAGAUAACGCCCACUCCCACAGACAGCUGUUAGGAUUUAAAACAAUAAAUUCGAUGUUUUUGACAGUAAA